GUGACAUUGUGCGAUAUAUCUGCAUCCUCUGUGCAGAAGACAAAACACUGGUGAUACGUAUCUCCUAUCUAAAUCGGACAAGCUGAUAGUAGGCUGCAUACAAUAUAUGUACAAUGUAUAUAUAAUAGGCAAACUAGAUUUUAAAAAUAUCAUUUGCAAGAUGGAUAGAAUGCGCGGUGUUGUGUGUUUUGUUGCCAUUAUUAUUGCUGCUUUAGCGAUACAAGGUAACGCCAACCCCGGGAAAGCCAUUGAAGACGAUACAGAACUUUUCUUAAACUUUCUGAAGCAAGAUGUUUUACCAGAACGCUAUCGCAGCAAAGAAUAUUUCAAAAAAAUUGGCAAAACGACCAGAGUGCAAGCAUUCAGUUUCAAGAAUUGUGGAGGGGAUUUCGCAGGAUUGACUAAACUCCAAAUAGUACCUGACCCUAUAAAACUGCCGGGAAAUUUUAAUGUAUCUGCCAGCGGUUACAUGAAAGAGGGACUAAAUUCUCCUCUGCAGGCAUCCCUCACGAUUCACAAGAAGGCCGCUGGAGUUUGGGUAAAAAUUCCGUGUAUUGGAGACUUCGGCUCUUGCGAUUAUGACGACUUUUGUGAAAUACUUCAAAUGGCAUCGGACUGUCCAGAUCCAAUUCAGAAAUCAGGGCUUGGUUGUCAGUGUCCAUUUAAACAGGGAAAUUACAACAUUCCCAACAUCAAUAUGUAUGGAUCGUUCGGGUUUCCUAUAGGGGACUACAAUCUUACCGGCACUCUUCAUUACCAGGGAAAAUAUGUGGCCUGUCUAGAAGUUCUUCUUACCAUAGCUUCAUAAGCAGAUUCCUGAAUAAAUCAUAUUUUAGCAUUUAUGAAUACACAUAUACUACAAUAACACCAACAAGAAGCAAAGUGACUAGAGAAAAUAAAUCUUAAUUAUUCAGAA